CCUCUGCCUCUGCUUCAUGCGAACACUGCCACCUGCUGGUAGGAAUCCAGCUGCUCGUGCCGCUUCUUGGCCCAGACUAAGGGGACUCGGGCCCCUCAGGUCCGUUAAUGUCAGCUUCCUGUGUGUCGGUGUGAACACACAUCACGUCCCUAAAGUACGGUGCAGACUGAGCUGAAACGUGACCCGCUUGACAAAACAGUGGCACUCACACAGUUUCCUCAAAAUCUGCUGCUAACAGUUACUUCUACUUUUCACCAGCUUCUCCAUCAAUAAGUCUGAAACGUGCACUCGGCCAGUCUCAGUUUGCCACACAUUUAGUCCCCUGUGACAAAUCCUAUGCUCAAAAACAAAGCGAUUGUAAUCUGACAGUUGUGACAAAAGUCAUAGACAAAACUUGACCAGAUUUGGGUUUUUCCUGUUUUUUUUUAAUGUGCCUGUAUUUUAUUAUCAUUCUGUACAUGAAAACCGACUCAGACUCUAAAUAAUCAAAACACAGUUCCUGUAUAUGAGAGUUAACAGAGGUUUUCCUCAGCGACCUUUGUCCUGCUUUUGUAAGGAUUCAAAGUUCAGCUGAUACUGUUUCCUACUAUUAACACAUACACCAAUCUGCUUUACAGUGGGCAAUGAAUUAAAUUAUUUAAAAGAAAGACGCUGCCGUUCAAAGCUGUGAUGAGCAGCAUCAACCUGCCGUCCCCCAUCGCUGUGCUGCGACUGGCCCUUUAAGAAACUGCACUUGCAGCCAUUUUCUGCUCUUUGUGUGGGGUGGAUUAGCUCUGGGUAGGGACUGGGUGAAACUAGAGCAUCAGUCGGCAACGAAGGCGAGGGGCAGGGAAAAAAAAACACCCAGCGAACAUCGGAUCGCCGUCGCAGUCCGCGGCCCGGUCCGCCCACCUUCGUGAAUCUCCGGACGGACAUGCGAUUUGCAGACUGGGGUGUAGUGUGAGCGACGCCUUGUUACCAUGACGACCCACGUGACUCUGGAGGAUGCUCUCUCCAAUGUGGACCUUCUGGAGGAGCUGCCUCUCCCAGAUCAGCAGCCAUGCAUUGAACCCCCUCCCUCAUCUAUCAUGUACCAGGCUAAUUUUGACACCAACUUUGAGGACCGGAACGCGUUCGUGACCGGCAUCGCCCGGUACAUUGAGCAAGCUACAGUGCACUCCAGCAUGAAUGAGAUGCUGGAGGAAGGACAUGAAUAUGCUGUGAUGCUUUACACCUGGAGAAGCUGCUCCAGAGCUAUUCCCCAGGUGAAAUGCAACGAGCAGCCCAACAGAGUUGAGAUCUACGAGAAAACAGUGGAGGUGUUAGAACCUGAAGUUACCAAACUCAUGAAGUUCAUGUACUUCCAGCGGAAAGCCAUCGAACGGUUUUGUAGUGAAGUGAAACGCCUGUGUCACGCGGAGAGAAGGAAAGACUUCGUGUCUGAGGCGUAUCUGCUCACUCUGGGCAAAUUCAUCAACAUGUUUGCUGUGCUGGACGAACUGAAGAACAUGAAAUGUAGCGUCAAGAACGACCACUCUGCCUAUAAAAGGGCAGCUCAGUUUCUGAGAAAAAUGGCCGACCCUCAGUCCAUCCAGGAGUCCCAGAAUCUCUCCAUGUUUUUAGCCAACCACAACAGGAUCACUCAGUGCCUGCACCAACAGCUGGAGGUGAUUCCUGGCUACGAGGAACUUCUGGCCGACAUCGUCAACAUCUGUGUCGACUAUUAUGAGAACAAGAUGUACUUGACUCCCAGCGAGAAACACAUGCUGCUGAAGGUGAUGGGCUUUGGUCUGUACCUGAUGGACGGGAACGUGAGUAAUAUCUACAAGCUAGACGCCAAGAAGAGGAUCAACCUGAGCAAGAUAGACAAAUUCUUCAAACUUCAAGUGGUGCCGCUCUUCGGGGACAUGCAGAUAGAGUUAUCGCGCUACAUCGAGACGAGUGCUCAUUACGAAGAAAACAAGUCCAAGUGGACGUGCACCCAGAGCAGCAUCUCGCCGCAGUACAACCUGUGCGAGCAGAUGGUUCAGAUCAGGGAGGACCACAUCCGUUUCAUCUCGGAGCUGGCGCGCUACAGCAACAGCGAGGUGGUGACGGGCUCGGGCUUGGACAGCCAGAAGUCCGACGAGGAGUACCGGGAGCUGUUCGACCUGGCUCUGAGGGGCCUGCAGCUGCUGUCCAAGUGGAGCACGCACGUCAUGGAAGUUUACUCGUGGAAGCUGGUCCAUCCCACGGAUAAAUUCUGUAACAAGGACUGCCCGGGCACGGCGGAGGAGUACGAGCGUGCCACGCGCUACAAUUACACCAGUGAAGAGAAGUUUGCCCUGGUGGAGGUCAUCGCAAUGAUCAAAGGGCUGCAGGUUCUGAUGGGCCGGAUGGAGUCCGUAUUUAACCAGGCCAUUAGGAACACCAUCUACGCGGCGCUGCAAGACUUCGCCCAGGUCACCCUCAGAGAGCCCCUGCGCCAGGCUGUGCGCAAGAAGAAGAACGUCCUCAUUAGCGUUCUCCAGGCCAUUCGGAAGACCGUCUGCGACUGGGAGGGGGCGAGGGAGCCUCCAAAUGACCCGUGUCUGAGGGGGGAGAAGGACCCCAAAGGCGGAUUUGACAUUAAAGUGCCCCGCAGGGCCGUAGGACCCUCCAGCACUCAGCUGUACAUGGUGCGAACCAUGCUGGAGUCGCUGAUAGCAGAUAAGAGCGGCUCCAAGAAGACUCUUCGCAGCAGCUUGGAUGGACCCAUAGUCGUGGCCAUAGAAGACUUCCACAAGCAUUCCUUCUUUUUUACACAUCUGCUGAACUUCAGCGAGGCCCUGCAGCAGUGCUGUGACCUGUCCCAGCUGUGGUUCAGGGAGUUCUUCCUGGAGCUGACCAUGGGCCGCAGGAUCCAGUUCCCCAUUGAAAUGUCCAUGCCCUGGAUCCUCACGGACCACAUCCUGGAGACCAAGGAGCCCUCCAUGAUGGAGUAUGUGCUGUAUCCUCUAGACUUGUACAACGACAGCGGCUACUACGCUCUCACAAAGUUCAAGAAACAGUUCCUUUAUGAUGAAAUCGAGGCUGAGGUCAACCUCUGCUUUGAUCAGUUUGUCUACAAGUUAGCAGAUCAGAUAUUUGCCUACUACAAAGCAAUGGCUGGAAGUGUCCUCUUAGACAAGCGCUUCAGAGCAGAGUGCAAAAACUAUGGCGUGAUCAUUCCGUACCCACCGUCAAACCGCUACGAGACGCUGCUCAAGCAGAGACACGUUCAGCUGCUCGGUCGCUCCAUCGACCUGAACCGGCUGAUUACCCAGAGGAUCUCAGCGGCCAUGUACAAGUCUCUGGACCACGCCAUCAGCCGCUUCGAGAGCGAGGACCUCACUUCCAUAGUGGAGCUGGAGUGGCUGCUGGAGAUCAACAGACUCACCCACCGGCUCCUGUCCAAACACAUGACACUGGACAGCUUCGACGCCAUGUUCCGCGAGGCCAACCACAACGUCUCUGCCCCCUAUGGACGGAUCACGCUCCACGUCUUCUGGGAGCUCAACUUUGACUUCCUGCCUAACUACUGCUACAAUGGAUCCACCAACCGCUUUGUACGCACAGCCAUCCCCUUCACCCAGGAGCCUCAAAGAGACAAGCCAGCCAACGUGCAGCCUUACUACCUGUAUGGAUCCAAGCCUCUGAACAUUGCCUACUCCCACAUCUACAGCUCCUACAGAAACUUCGUUGGCCCGCCUCACUUCAAGACCAUCUGCCGUCUCCUUGGUUACCAAGGCAUUGCUGUAGUGAUGGAAGAGCUGCUUAAGAUUGUCAAGAGCCUGUUACAGGGCACCAUUCUGCAGUAUGUGAAAACACUGAUAGAAGUCAUGCCUAAGAUCUGCCGCCUACCCCGCCAUGAGUAUGGCUCCCCAGGUAUCCUGGAGUUCUUCCACCAUCAGCUCAAGGAUAUCAUUGAGUAUGCUGAGCUGAAGACAGAUGUCUUCCAGAGCUUAAGGGAAGUGGGAAAUGCUAUCCUCUUCUGCCUGCUCAUCGAGCAAGCUCUGUCGCAGGAAGAAGUGUGCGACCUGCUUCACGCUGCCCCCUUCCAGAACAUUCUGCCCAGGGUCUACAUCAAAGAGGGCGAGCGUCUGGAGGUGAGGAUGAAAAGGUUGGAAGCAAAGUACGCCCCUCUCCACCUUGUGCCUCUAAUCGAGAGGUUAGGAACCCCACAGCAAAUUGCCAUUGCUCGUGAGGGGGACCUGCUGACCAAAGAGCGCCUGUGCUGCGGCCUCUCCAUGUUCGAGGUCAUCCUGACCCGCAUCCGCAGCUUCCUGCAGGACAGCGUGUGGCGUGGACCCCCGCCCACCAACGGGGUGAUGCACGUCGACGAGUGUAUGGAGUUCCACCGCCUUUGGAGCGCCAUGCAGUUCGUCUACUGCAUCCCUGUGGGCACACACGAGUUUACAGCGGAGCAGUGCUUUGGAGACGGGUUGAACUGGGCUGGGUGCGCAAUCAUUGUCCUGUUGGGGCAGCAGCGCCGGUUUGACCUCUUUGACUUCUGCUACCACCUCCUCAAAGUCCAAAGACAGGACGGCAAGGAUGAGAUCAUCAAAAAUGUGCCCUUGAAGAAAAUGGCAGACCGUAUUAGAAAGUACCAGAUCCUCAACAAUGAGAUCUUUGCUAUCCUUAACAAGUACAUGAAAGCGGUGGAGACGGACAGUUCCACUGUGGAGCAUGUUCGCUGUUUCCAGCCUCCUAUACACCAAUCCCUGGCAACCACCUGUUGAAAAAGACCCACCAUACACAGACAUGCACACACAUUCCCCAUAGCUGUGCUACUAAUUUCUGCCUGUUGCUGGUCUUUGUAAAGGUAUAAAGUCCCCACAAUAGGUCAGUGGUGGCUGCAAGAAUCCAAAGACAGACCUUCUAAAACUUAUUCUGUCUCAAACAUGGGAUUCUGUGUCUUUGGAUUCUUUAAACCCACAGAUUAGACCAGUCCAGAAGUAGAAUAUCCAAAACUUUUCUUUUAACGUAUUCACUAUUAUUAUCUGUGUAGCUCUUACUCAGAUCCAUGCAUGACUUUUCCAAUUCUCUAGCUGCACACGUUUGGAUUGGACAACAGACACAAAUACCAAAUAUAGCUCUAUACUAUAAUCUGAGUAUUUGAGUCCAUUAGACUGAAAAGAAACCCCAUAAUGACAUAUUUAAAUAAAUCAAUGAACUCGAUAAUUAAUCUACAUGACUACAUGACUAAAUAUUUCUGGAAAGAGCUACAUCCAGUGCAACAUGGCGUUUUUCUUUGGUGCUACUGUACUAACAGUACUAACACAGGCACCGGUACAUGUGAGCCAACAAUAUGCGUGUUCAAACUCCUAAUCAUUUGUGUGAUAAUCUGAUCUGCCAUGUCCAUGAUGCAUAGUGUCUAUCAAGAUGAAUACUUAUUAUUACAUCCUCUACACCUGCUUGCUUUCAAAGGAAUGAAGGUACAUCACUUUUUUUAUUUAGCUUUUAUUUAUUUUAAAUCCCUUCCCACAAUCUGCCUUUUUUUUCAAUCUUCUGACACAUUUAUAUUCAGUACCAGUUCCACUGUAAAUUUUACUGUUGAACAAAGUGAAGUGUUGAGUGUUGUAAUUGUUCUUGUUUUUAAUGAUUAAUAUUUUAAUUUACUUGCCUCUCUGCUACUGACUGGAAACCUCAUCAACAAUUUUUCUUUUCUCUCUUUUCGGUCUGUUGGAAAGAUUUUUUUUUUUAUAUUCUGUAUAUAAAUACAGUGGUAACAUUUUCAGACAGAAAACACACAUCUUCAUUUGGAUCAGUGCAUUUGCUUUUUCAAGAAUUACAAUAAUAAAAAAAAAAAUUAAGCAAUGUUAGAAAAUACCUCUAGGUUGUAUAAAGACAGUGCCGUACUAGAUCAACCUGUUUUGACUGAAUGGACAAUGUUGGUCCAGGAGACCUAUGAAAUAUAAACUCUGCACAUAAAGGAAAAGAAGAGAAAUGAUAACUAAAGUGUCAGUUACAUAAAGGGCAGUUUCCUAAAUAUAGUCAGUAUUUACUAUUGUUGAAUUUUUGCUUUAGAUCUAGCAGUGUUAUCAAAAUAUGCAAAAAAUGUCCCUAUUUUUUUCUUAUAAAGCAAAACAAAUAAUUAAGAAUUAACCUUUCCUUAAUAACCCUGUGAUCUUUUUUUUCUGCUCUUAUUUGAAUGAACAACAUUUCUUUUGUAACUCCACUGUCUUUUUGUUAUAUUUAUUCAACUCUGACUUCUUGUUCAUUUAAAGGUUAUUCUCGUGAAAAUGAAGGUACCAAUGUAUCAUCUCAAAAACCUUAGCAUGGCAAGUGUAAUUUAUUGUCAUCAAUGGCUCCAUUUGUGACACGAGGCUCUGUUUAUGAUAUUGUUGUAAAAGUGACCAUGUUUUCAAGUACAAAAAAUGGAGAAGAGUAUAAUAUUUACAACAAUGGUCCUGCAAAGGAUUUGAAAUAAUGUUGUAUUUCCAUGAAAUAAAAAAAAGGUUUAACUGAAAAGAAA